AUGAGAUGUGGCGCGAUUGCCGGUGAUUUAUCGGUUGUCGAGGUGCGACCCAAUGCGCGUUUUGAAGUCUAUCAGUACAACUUUAAUGUAUUUUACGAGCUGAACAGUCGCCGCCAGUCUCUUUUUGAAGACACUUUGCGACGUCGUGAAUUAAAGCUGGCGAUGAUGAGUGAGAAGGUGGGAGUGAAGCUCCGGGGAAGCUCGAGUGAGGUCCGCGCCAUUCUCAUCCCGACUUACCUACAACUAUUUGCAUUCUUAAAGGAGGUCUUGAACCACAUUGGCUGCGAACGAAAUCGUCUGUGUAACAAGCGACUCAUCAAAUUCACAAUGGUCACCACACGAAACGGGAAGCGCACAGCCGCCGAGGCGCCCGCCGCAGCUGCGACCACCAAGAAGCAGAAGCUCCCGGUGCGGGCAAAGGAGGGCAAGACGGCCGCCAGCAAGAAGGAUGAGACCAGCCGAUCGUCAUCAUCAAAAAAGAGGGCCUCCUUUGUCGUGGAGCUGAAAUCGGAAGCCGGCGCGGCUGCGGGCGCGCAGGACGUCAAGGAGAAGCAGAUCAUCACAGGCGCCGAGCAGCCGGCUCCCAGGACGGACGCUGAUGAGAUUGGGGAUUCUGAUGCCUCGCCCGAGUCGAUUGGCGAUGAAGCGCACGAGGCUGCGGAACAGCUUGCGGCGGAGUCCAAGACGGCGCUCGUUGCCGAGGGAGGCGACGACGACGAUUCCGACUCGGAUGCGGCGCCUGAGGCAGUUUCUACGUCCAAGGCUGCCGUGCAGGCCAAGAAGUCUGCGCAGGCUGCCAACAAGGCCAUUGCAGAACAACAAGCCAACCAGAAGCGCAAGCGCCAAGAGCGCAACGCCAGGCUCCAGGAACAGGCCGCGGCGCGCAAGGCUCAAGAGGACGUGGCACCGGCGAAGCAGUCGAGUAACGAGGAGGAGGAGGAGGAGAGCGAGGAAAAGACGGAGACUCCGGCGCGGGACUCCACCACCACAGGACGCCGGAAGAGGCUGGAUCUCCCUUCGGAGCUCCCGGCCGAGUUCCUCGAGUCCGACUCGGAGGACGACGGCGAGACUGAGGACGGGGCGGGGGAUCGCAAGCCCCGCAAGGCACGGAAGAUCGAGACGGCGGAGGCCCAACUCCUGCGCGAGGCCCGCGCGCCCAGGGACGAGGUCGUCGGCACGACCGUGUUCCGGACCGUCAAGAAGGAGGACGAGAGGCUGGCGCCCAAGGCGCAGAAGUAUUCUGUCAAUGCCAAGAAGGCGUUGCUGGCCCGCGGUAGGGCGCCGGCGAAGGCGCGCAGGGGGUUUUUGGGAUAUGCCCCGGGGGCAACGGAUGAUAUACAAAAGUUUUUGGGUUUGCGGUUCAUCAAGCGGAGUCUAUUGCUGCAUGUCUGUCCAAGUGAAGUUGAUCAAUCGGCUCUAGGUCUCGGGAUCCGGCUCCGAAUAACGGCGCUCACAGCACCGGUGUCUCCACUUUGGCCAUCGUGGGCUACCAUUGCGCCAUUGUCGCAACCCAACCAACGGCGCGGAUGUUGGCCGAAACGGGCAGACAAGUCGUUUAUUGCCGGGAUUGAUGCGACCGGCCAUACUGCGAGUGCCGACGACUCUGCGACCUCGCAGCAGGCUCAGGCCUCUGUGCUCAAAACAAUGGCGAUGGCUUCACUCGAGGAAAAGUCACCUCCCGUGGCCGCCACGGACCCAGCCGACACUCACGAUGAAAGCCAGGAUACAUCCCGCGACAGCCCGUGGAUUCGCUUCAUGACGGCGAUCCGUUGGUACUCCAAAGACACGCCCAGCGAAGAGAAAAGACUCGUCCUCCGUCUGGACCUGCUGAUCCUCGUCUUUGGCUGUCUCUGCUUCUUCACAAAGUACCUCGACCAGUCCUCCCUGACUAAUGCCUACGUCAGCGGCAUGAAGGAGGACCUCAACCUCCAAGGAAACGAACUCAACUACAUGACCAUCGUCUUCUGGUCCUCGUACUGCACCUCCAUGAUCCCCGCCUGCUACUACCUGACCCGCCACCCCAUCAACAUCGUCCUCCCCGUCCUCGAGAUCGGCUGGGGCCUCUCCACCCUCGGCCUCGCCUGGGCGCGCAACGUGCAGACAGUCUACGCCAUGCGCUUCUUCACCGGCCUCUUCGAGUCCUCCUCCUUCACAGGCAUCAUCUACGUCAUCGGGUCCUGGUACAAGCCAGCCGAGAUCGGCCGCCGCGUCGCCCUCUUCUACGUCGCCGCGCCCCUCGGCACAAUGUUCGCAGGCUACCUCCAGGCCGCCGCCUACACCAACCUCCACGGCGCCCGCGGCCUCGCCGGCUGGCGCUGGCUCUUCGUCGUCGACGCCGUCAUCACCGUCCCCAUCGCCCUCGUCGGCUUCUUCGUCUUCCCGGACGUCCCCGCGCGGUCGAGGCCGAGGCUGCUCCCGCCGCGCCUCUACGCCCUCGCGUGCGACCGCCUCCGGGGCCUGACGGCGCCGCCGCGGCUCAAGGUCUCGCGGGACAUUUUCGCGCGCGUGUUCCGCCGCUGGCAUUGGUACCUCUUCGUCGCGCAGUGGACCAUCAUGAACGAGAACCUGCAGCCCAGCGGGUCCCCGUUUUCCCUCUACCUCAAGGCCUUCCCCGCGACAUACUCCGUGACGCGGAUCAACACCCUGCCCACCGUCGCGACCGCCAUCUCCGUCGUCUCGGCCUUUGCCGCGGGCGCCGUGGCCGAUCGCACGGGCUGGUUCGCUGGGUUAUCUGUCGCUGCCACCGUACCAUCGCUGGUUGGCGUCAUCCUACUCGUGGCGUGGGACGUCGGCGAGCGCGGUCGUCUGGCGGCGUUCAUGCUCAACGGGUUCGAGGGCGCGAUCCCCUCGCUGACGAUGGCGUGGGCUACAAUUACCAUGGCCGGGGAUGCCGAGGAGCGCGCUAUCGUGACGGCGUCGAUGAAUGCCAUUGGGCAGGCCAUUGUUGCCUGGGCGCAGCUGCUGCAGUUUCCUGCUGUUGAGGCGCCGCACUUUCGGCGUGGGUUUAGGAGUGUUGUGGCGACGAUGGUGGUGCAGUUCUUCAUUACUGGUGCGAUUUGGUUUUUGGUCAGGAGGGAUCGGAGGAAGCAGAAGGAUGCGGUGGAAGACAUCGGGGAUCCGAUUCAGGAGGCCAAGCAAGGGGUCUAG